AUGGUUUCCAAACAUAUCCUCCUUUCCCUCUUCGCAUCUCUCCUACCUCUCCUCAUCCAAGCCGAGAAACAUUGUCCUCUUCUAGGGCCCAGCUAUCCAUCGCCAAAACACCUCAAUUCCAACCCUACAAUCGCAAAAGCCAGUUCUACACUCAACAAAAUUCUCGACCAAACAAUCAAAACCGGCAACUCAUCCGCCGGCCCCUUUGAAUCAACCAACACCUCCUUCGCCCUCGAAAUCUGGACCGCAGGCGACUUCAACCCUCUCUUCUCAAGAUACUAUUCCGCACCCUCUCUCAACCAAUCAAAACAAGGUGUCAAAGUCGUCAAUGCAGAUACCGUCUUCCGGGUCGGCAGUGUGACGAAACUCCUCACCGUCUACACCUGGUUGAUCAAGGCUGGAGGAAUGUCAUUAUUCAACGAGCCUAUCACUAAGUAUAUCCCCGAAAUCAAAGCUGCUGCUGCGGCCAAGAACGCGACGCGCAAUCCUAUUGAUUAUGUUUCUUGGGAGUAUAUCACGAUUGGUGAUCUUGCGGCGCAGACGGCGAAUAUUGGGAGGGAGUACUCGGCUUAUGGGGAUUUGGCGGGUGCUUUGGUGACGGAUGGGAAGAUAAAGGCUGCGGCUAUGAAUCUUCCUGCGCUGGGGAAGGGGGAGGUUCCGAUUUGUGGGGGUGGUGGUGCUUGUAAGUUGAAUUUUUGAGGGCUAUGCUUCCUCGGUCUGUCUUUUUUACCUUGAGAAGCCCUUUAGUCCAUUCUUAACACCCAUAUUUCCUCUAUUAAUACUGAUGAUUUUGAAUCAAACUAAUCUUAAUAUCUAGGCACUCGCGCUCAAUUCUUCGAAGGCUUCGUUAACCGACACCCUAUCUACGCACCCUCAACAGCAGCAUCAUACUCCAACGUAGAAUACAUGAUCUUCGCCUACGCACUCGAAAACAUAACCGGCAUCCCCAUCCAAACGCUCGUCGAAAGCGCCAUCUUCUCACCACUGAACCUCACCGGCUCCUCAUGGUCCCUUCCAAAAGACAACAGCAGCAGCAUCAUCGACCCAGGAACCUACGACUUACCCUUCGGCGACGAAACCGCAGCGGGUGGCGCAUACAUGACAGCCAGGAAUCUCUCCUCACUCGGCCGCUCGAUUCCACGGAACCAACUCAUUUCCCCUUCCUUAACUCGCCAUUGAAUGAAGCCAAGAGCCUUCACAUCAGACCCGACAUCUCACCUCGGUGCGCCGUGGGAGAUCCGCCGUCUAGAAAUCGGUCCUUCGAAGAGGGUUGUGGAUAUCUACACCAAAUCCGGUGAUCUCCCAGGAUACUCAUCGCUCUUACUCCUCAUCCCGGAUUGGGAUUUGGGCAUCACACUCAUGGCAGCUGGUCCCGCAGGGACGCCCGACAUCGCAGUCCUAUCCGGUCUCAUCGCCGCGCACUUCCUCCCCGCGGUCGAAACCGCCGCACGAAACGAGGCGCAAGAAAACCUCGCAGGCUCAUAUUCCGCAGCCAACAGCACUCUGAUCCUCACCACCGAUCCGCACCACCGAUCCGCUCCUCCCGGGUCUCGGCGUCGACACUUGGAUACAUAA